CGCUUUUCUGAACUGCACCCACGUGUUAUGUUGUGUUGUUAGAGGUUGGAAAUUUAAUACUUCUACCUUCUUCUGGACAGUUGUUGAAUUUUUAGUCUACUUGACACACCGACACCCUCCUCCCUAACAUGUCCGGGGACAGCAGCGUGUCCUCGGCGGAGGUGGUUCUGGGUUUCCUGGAGGAGGCGGAGUCGUGGCGGCUGCUGUCCCCACAGUUCCCCAGUAAGGUCGGGGGGAAACCGGCGUGGCUCAGCCAGAGAGGCCUGCCCUCACUGCUCGGGCUGGAGUGUGAGAUAUGCCGUCUGCCUAUGGCCUUCCUGCUGCAGGUGUACGCACCCAUUUCUGGUCAGGACAGAAGUUUCCACAGGACGCUCUUUCUGUUCUGCUGCAGAACUCACGAGUGUUACGCAGCCAACGACAGUCGCUGUAUGAAAGUUUUCAGAAGCCAGCUACAGAGAAGGAAUGAGUUCUACCCCUACGACCCUCCACCAGAGGAUGAACCCCCCAGUGGUCCUGAACCGGACCAGAGUGUGUUGUCCGUAUCUGGAGUUAAACUAUGCUGGGUGUGUGGUUGCCCCGGCAACAAAGCCUGCUCCCGCUGUCACAGUGUAACCUACUGUGGAAAACACCACCAGACCCUCCACUGGAAACACACACACAAGAGGGAGUGUGGCAGCCAAGAAGCACCAACUGUCACAACCUCGACCUUCCUCUUCCCUGAGUCUGAGCUGGUCACUGAACCUGAGGAGGAGGAAGAGAAGAAGGAGGAAGACACAAAGGAGGCUGAAGAAGAAGAGGAGGAGGAGAGGAGUGCAGAUUGUCCCUCCCUAGCAGACACUCUGGCAGAGACGGACCUGGAGGAGAUGGCUAUGCACGAGACCGAAGACAACAAAGUGUUCCAGCGGUUUAAAAAGAGGAUCGCACCAGAGCCUCACCAGGUGGUGCGUUACAGUCGAGGCGGCUCCCCCUUGUGGGUCUCCUCUCAGCACAUCCCUUCAGAUGAGGAUAUCCCACCAUGCACCUGUGGCGCCAAGAGGAUUUUUGAGUUUCAGGUGAUGCCGCAGCUGUUAAACAGCCUGUGUGUGGACUCGACAGGAGCCAGUAUCGACUGGGGGACACUGGCGGUCUACACGUGCUCUGCCAGUUGUAACCAUGACGACGAGUACCGCCUCGAGUUCAUUUGGAAACAGGACUUCAGCUCAGAUCAACACGCACAGAUGAAACCUACAUAACAUCUGACACACUGACGCCUGUGAAAGCUCAGACUGGUGUUUUACUCUGUCUGAUGUCACUGCCCACUUGGUGGACUGAACACGUGCUGCUGCUCUUGUAACUGAUUAAACACAGAUAAAAUUAAAAACCUGUGUGAAGUCCAGUUGACAGAGGGGUCAUACUCCUCCCAUCAAAACCAUCAAGGACAAUGAAGAUGUUUUUUAAGGGUCAAGAUUAAUUGUUCUGUUAUUUCAGACAAUCAAACAGGAAUUCUGGUUUCUUGCCACCUCCAAACCUUUUCUAUUAUACUUUUAGAUUCUGGCUGUCAAGAGCAAUUAAUCUCUGUUAUUUUUAACUUACAGAAAAGUAACAAAUUAAAGGAAAAACCAACAUGAAGUGUCUUCAUGUGGAGUCAGGCCACCACAAGCCUCCAGAAAAGUCUGUGGAACUGUGUUUGAGAGAUGAACACCAUCCCUCCUCAGAUAUUCCCUCCAGGGUUCCCAUGGUCAUAGAAAACCUGGAAAAGUAAUGGAAUUUCACAGUCACAUUUUCCAGGCCUCGAAACGUCAUGGAAUUAGUAAAAAUCGUUGAAAGUCUUGUAAUUUUGUAGUGUGUAAUGAAGAUGUUACAGUAAUCUUCUGUGGAUAAGUAUAUGGUCACUAAUAUAUGGUGAUGUGUGAUGUUUUGUUUACCAUUAUCAUUUAUUUAAUCCAAAAUUCCCCGUAGGUGUUCAGCUGGGUUGAGAGCUGGUGACUGAAAGCCAUAGCAUUUUGUUCAUGUUGUCUUUAUACUGAGUAAUCCACUUCAUGAGCCCUGGUGCACAAAAGCUUUACAUUGGAUGAGUUUCUCUGCUCUUUUAAAGGUUUUUCCUUUAAUUUGUCCCUAAUCUGUGUGUGCUCAGUGGGUUGUGCCCAUGUUUAGAACUACAUACUGUAAAUAGUCAGUAAAAAAAAUACAGUAUGACCCUGUGCCUUAUCAUCACACAAUAAAGAUUUUUAACAAAGUUAUCUGAACAAACAUUCAUCUGAUUUUCUGCUUUUUUCAGUGGUUCAAAGACAGAUAAUAUUUAAAAUACUAGCAAAAUACUACCUGCCAUUUAUAUCUCCCAUUGAGAUUAUUGCAAUGUUAUCUUAAAUGGCUGGUAUGAGUUAAUUUCAGAGUUACAAACAUCACAAAAGUCAGAUCUGUGCUACAUGAAGAAAGUCACUUAUUUAGCAAAAAGUAGUGUGAAAAGAGACUAUGUAACCAUUAAACGGAACAAAACAAGGGACAAUUACAAGAUAAUGAGAAAUUAUAAAACAAGAAAAGCAAAGCACAAGCAGGGCUUGACAACAGCAUCUGUUAAAUGCGGGGAGAAUUUGGCAGUGGCGUGUAACAAUCCCUUACUAGCCACCUUGGUGGGUUGCAUAUAUAUAUUUAUAGAGAGGACACUAAUCAAACUGAUUAGACAAAAUGAACUUGUUCUCUGCUGCAUAGAUUUUUUUCUGUUUUAUUAUUUACUGUAGUUGUCAAUGUAAACUUGUGCUUUUUAGUUAAGUUUUAUCUUGUCAUUUAAUCUUCCACACCUUUGCACCUCUUAUGCAAUAAAAACCUACUCUUUA